AUGCCUGGCAGCUCUUGGUAUCUUACUGUAGCGCUAGGACUGGCCUCGUUGGUCGACCCGGCUGCUGGUAGACUUCACACCGAUCUCCGACGACCCUCACCAAAACAGAACCAUGAUAGUAGACGAGACCUUUACCGAGGAUUAGGUCAGAAGUUGAAUGAUCGAGAUCUGGUUCAUGAACGUAGCUUAAGCGAAGCUGGUUCUUGUCUUGAGUCUAACUUCACUGAAAUCCAUGCCCCGAAGAAAAACAUCUGGACCGGCCUUACGGACCCCGAAGCUGCAAGUGUCCUGUCAUGGCUGUUCAAACAAGCUGAUCUGAAUUUGACCAUCGCCAAGGAUGCUGGAGACUGGGACAACACUAUUGAACUCGUCGAGCUCAUGCAGCCCAAUAAGACCAACUCUCUUCAUUUCAUCGAUCAUGGUGGUAAAGCACCGCCCAGAUAUGCCCAUGUGGUAAUCGAUCACCGAGCAAGUGUUGACCCUUACUAUGCGGACAUCCUUGUUGGUCCUCUGCCAAUUGUGAAUGGAAAGACCAAGUGGGAGCCACUUGAGUAUCCAUAUACUCGUAAAACGCAAGGCAAGAUCCGAAAUGUCGAAGCAGAUAGCACUCUUAUGUACGACACGUGGCUGCUGGGUAUUAGUACCUCAAUAGCUGACAUUACUCUCGAUCUUUGGAAUGGAACGGCCCUCGGACUGGACAAUGACACGAUCGGGCUCUGGGGUAUCGACCCUCUAUCGCAAGAAAAUGGUCGAAUCCUCCGUUGGGAUCAAUUCUGGCAUAAUCCAACCGAUGAAUUUGAUUCUUCAACUUUGCUCCCCUUGGGGUUGUACGUGCACUCAGAUGUUACCGGCCGAGAUGCAUCAAAAUGGAAGGUUCUGGGGUGGCUGUACAAUAACAUUUUCUACCCAACAACUGAAGCCUUCCGAAAUGCCUUCUACAGCCCAGGUUUUGAUAAACUUGGAGCAAAUAUCGACGGCACUUGGGCACACACUGAUCAACGAGGAAAGGUCCUGCCGCAUGAUCGAUCCUACCCUCCUGUUUCUGUUGCUCCUUCGGGAUCAAGGUUCGGGGUUGAUGUGGAGCAGAAGUAUGUCGAAUGGAUGGACUUCUCUUUCUAUAUCAGCUUCUCUCAUGAUGUCGGAAUGACUCUACAUGAUAUUCGGUACAAGGGCCAGCGUAUCCUAUACGAGCUGGGAUUACAGGAAGCUCUUGCCCACUACGCUGGAAACGACCCUGUGCAAUCCAUGACUUCGUACCUUGAUACUUAUUAUGGUUUUGGGCCCUACGCAUUCGAGUUGGCCAAGGGUUACGACUGCCCAUCUUAUGCAACCUAUCUCAACAGCACAUUCUAUCAAGAAGAGACUACCCAUACGCACAUUCACAGUAUUUGCCUCUUUGAAUAUGAUGCGGAUUACCCGAUGCAACGCCAUAGCAGCAACACUUAUGUGUCUAUCACGAAGAACGUCUAUUUUACGGUUCGCUCUGUGUCCACAGUCGGCAACUACGACUACAUGUUCAGUUACUCUUUCUAUAUGGAUGGAUCUGUCGGCGUUGAAGUGCGGGCAUCUGGAUAUAUCCAGUCAGCUUAUUACGCCCACAACGAGGAGUUUGGCUACCAUAUUCACGACGCACUCUCAGGUUCAAUGCAUGACCACGUCCUCAACUUCAAGGCUGACUUCGAUAUCCUUGGACUAAACAACACUAUCCAGUUGACUAAUCAAUUCCCAACCACCCAGACAUUUGCGUGGUCCAACAAAACCCGCAAUACAAUGAAGAUUAAACAUUCAAACAUUGAGAGUGAGGAUGAAAGCCGAUUUAACUGGGCUGCCAACGCUGCCACCCAGGUGAAAGUACUCAACCUGGAUAAGACGACACCCUAUGGUGAGCAUCGGGGAUAUCGUAUUUCUCCCUCGACAGGAAGCAUUCACCUCACCGUCGAAAACUCGACCAAUCUUCGCAAUGCCGCGCAAUGGGCCAACUAUGAUGUCCAAAUUACCCAGCAUCAUGACACAGAGCCUCGAUCCGCUCAUGCUAAGAACUCCCAAGACGUGGAAAAUCCGCCUAUCAACUUCGAUGAGUUCUUCAACGGCGAGAAUCUCACACAGCAAGAUCUAGUCGUGUGGCUGAACUUGGGCAUGCACCAUGUUCCACACACAGGUGAUCUUCCUAAUACAGUGUUCACUACUGCACAUUCAGGUGUGCAAUUCAUGCCACUGAACUAUUUGCUUGGUGAUCCAAGUCGGGAAACAGUGAAUAUGGUUAGAGUGGAUUAUAAGGACGGUAAUGUGUCUGCAGUUCACACAUUUGGCCAACAUGAUGACCAGUGUACGUUGGAUUUCGAGCCAGCUGAGUCUGACUUAUGGGAUUAUGUCGGCGAUGUUGUGGUCAGGAAGUUCCCCUAUGACCCAAAUGAUCCUUACUAUGAGACGGAUAGCAUAUCCUAA